AUGGAUGUCCUCGGUAAUAACAAAAGAUGGCUUGUGACUCUUGUUACCUCAAAUAAGGUCGUAGCUCCAGUUUUACAGGAUAUCGUGAAUCAAGGAAUGGACAAGCUGUAUGCUUUGCUAGAUAAUCACCUUAAUGGCUUACCGACACCUUGUAGUCUACAAACACUGAACUAUGCAGAGAUAUGCCAUCUGGCAGCCACGCCAAGUCCUGCUUCUUCGCUUAAAGGCUUAAAUUUUGGAAAUAUUAACAACAAUUCUAGUGUUCACGGAAAGAACAAAAAGACCUACAACUACAAUGUAAACAGCUCAGUUGAUCUUGCCAAGCUUUAUCUCCCAGACUACCUCGCAGUAUUCUCGGCAUUAUUCGACAAAUCUAUGGAUUUGAGUGCCGCUCUUAGACUACUGGGAUGUAGGAAGUAUCCCAUACAAAUAUUCGUUUCUUCUGAUCCUUUGCACGAUAUUCAGCCGUUGGCGGAUGAUGUCAGAGAGAAUGUCAGGAAUCGGGGAAGUCAUUUUAAAGAGAGUGACUGGACCCAAAUCUUCUUUGACCAGUGCUUUGACAAAUUAGAGGCUCUGCUGCAAUAUCUUCCACUGCUUCCCGACAAAAAAAAGGAGCUUUUGGAUGAACUUUCUGCAUGGAAAACAGAAGGUACUAGAAAUGUCUCAAGCUGUGUAAUGUAACUAUUCAAGGAAUAGCUUUAGUUUAAUAUAGCAAUUCUCUAGGUUGGAUGUUCACUCAAGACCAAUGUAAAUACGCUUAAAGAGAGCAAAGACGCGGCUUUCCAGAGUUCACAGGACAUUCUUUCCGGAAAUUUGAAAACAUAUGUUUUUGGCUGCAUUUUCAGUAUUUUACCUUUAAACGAAGCUUCGAAAACAUUAACCACUUAGGAGCCAAACUCUGCGCAAACUCCUAACCCUGUUCGUGCUCAUGACGCUUGACUGCUUUUCUUUCACAGGAAUUAAGCCCACUAUAUAAUCUGUGGCAGGGCAUAUUCCUGACUUUCAUUCAUGGCCCUUUGAAUAUGUUUGUGAUCGUUUGUCUUUUAUUAUUCUCAUCAAAUUAAAUUAGACUGCCUGCCAUUGCCAUGAUGUUUUCAUUCCCUUGGCAACUCACGCGAAACUCCGCUUCAGGGAUUUUCCCUGUGCCAACCUGGUCGUUGCAAUCAAGUAAGCGGAACAACAUAAUCAGAGGAGCCAUCUUCAGUAAUAUGAAGUAGAAACUGUCUUACUUAUUACUCAAAUGCCGUAUCUACAGUGACAAAUUAUUUCCUCUCACCAGUUACUUAAUUUAAUCUCUGCCUUACCAUGCAGUCAUCAUUGUUAUCAUCAUCGACAUCAGAGUUGACAUUAUAAUUAUUAUUAUUAUCAUUAUCAUCAUUACCAUCAUUUAAUGUACAUUCAUCACUUUUAGGGUUCAAGCGGAUUGUUGACAAUGACGUCAAAGAUCUACUGGAAAAAUUCCAGAACGUCAAACUUGCUUCAAUUAAUGACAAACUGGACGACAUGCCAACUAGGGAGGAGAACGAAAGAGUGAUAGAAAAGCUGUUUUUCUUUCACACCAGUAUGAUGGAUAGAUUAGAUAGAAUGGAAUCCUUACUUCAAUCCUUACUAGACAGUAAGUCUAAAAACAACGACUUCUUGCAAUCUGUAAAAUCCCAGUGAAAAAUAAUGUUGUAAGAGAGGACUCUUCCGGCUGCUAACAAUUUCACCCACAGAAGCGCGUACAUUUUCCACUAAUACUCGCGAGCGAAUCGGGGACCACAUGGUUAGAUACAGAGAGUUAAAUUGUUAUUGUUGUGUUGCAAAAGUGUGCAGUUUUGCCCAUUGGACACGCCAGUACUCUCGACACGUAAAUAAUUGAGAGUCUUAAUUGUUCUGUAAUUUAAGAGGUUGCUAACAUAAUUUUUAUAUUGCACCUUUAAAAGCGAACAGAACAAUACAAGUAAAGAAAGUCACCGACCAUACUUCGGUUAUUUAAAAAACCACACGUCUUUUUCAUUAACCCGGUUGCAUUUUGUUACAUUAUGCAGGCAUUAGUGUCAGUGCUCUAAAUCAAGAAGGUAGCAAGAGAGUGCACUCUACAGAAUCAAGCGUCUUAUCUACAGACGCCACUUUCAAAGAAACCCGCCAAAUGAGGGAAAAGGUAACAUAAUAUACACUGGGUAAAAUGCCAAAUUUUAGUGUCAUUUAAGUAAAAUUAAACAACUAUUAAACCCAAAGACAAAUUUAAGCCAUGUUUACUAAACUUAAACAUGAAUUAAAAAUGUACCUUUGUUUAGGCGAGGUUUAAGCAUUCUUAAAUGCAAAUUAAAUCGACAUUGAGAUUUAAGCUAUGUUUAAGUCAUUUUAACCGUACUUAAAUCCUUUGAAGGAUUUAGGGUUACUUUAAAUCACCUUAAAUCUAACGUUAAACCUAUUGGGGAGAUUUAAGGUCUAGUUAAAGGAGCCUUAAAUACAACAUUAAAUUUAUCAUAAUAUUUAUGCCGUGUUUAAGGACCUUAAAAACACAUCAAAUCUUUUGGUGUACACCAAGCCUACUUUAUUGACAUAAUCUCUCACCAGAACCAGAAACCAUAAGAGAGCAGCCUCCAGCAACCUUCAAUGAAUUAAUCAUAGAUUAAUAUUAAUAUUAUGUAUUUAGUAAAGCCACAAUAUUUCACGCUACUGAUUUUAUUGCUUUUUCAAUUCUUUGGGUAAUGAAACUGUGUUUGUUGAUUGUGAACAAGAGACUUGAUUUCUUGCGUUGGAAACUGUUUCACUAAAGGAAGGUGGUUGCACAGGGAAUUUGACUAACCUGAGCAAAUAAGGUACAUUUCUUCAAAACCAUAUAAUUUUAGUAUAUACCAAACCAGUGGACAGUGUUUUUUAGAAUUAAAACUUUACCACCAAGAGCUAAAUCUCUCUCUGACCAGCUUCUUCUAAGGGACUGUUAGUUAUCUGUUUUGAGGCCAGUGUUUAGAGUCUGGGGCCAGUGUAAAAUAUUCAAAUUGGGAGUAGGAGGUGCUAAACUUUUAGAAUCUGUUAUUUCAACUACUAUGUUGCUGAUAGAUUAAUACAUGCAAAUUUUUGUUUUGAGAAAUCUUUUCCCUCCAAGAACCAGAAAUCCUAAUGUCAGUUUGAAGGUGUAAAAAGCAUGUAGCUUCUGCACUGUACCAGCAGUGAUUAGAAAAUUGUCCAUCUUGUAUAACUGCUUUACUUGAAUUAUUAUUUCCUUUUUUGGCUGAAUAAUAAUAAUAAUAUUAUUAUAACUGCCUCUGGCUAUUGUUUAAAACAAAAAUAAUAUUCUCAUUUUUAUUACAGUCCACAGUCAGAGAGAAACCAGAGUAUUUUUACAAAAAAGAAAGAAGUACUGAAAAAGAGCAUGGAGGAGAAAGCUGCCUAUGGACUGACUUACAAAUGGAAGGUAUUACAUUACAGGAAUCAAGUUUUAAUGUUGUGUGCAAGUUAGAACAAGAAGCAUUUACCUUGUGCAAAAUCAAACAAAUUUUCUGAAAUAUGUUGGACAGAAAACUUAACAACUGAAAGGGAAAACACAAUAUUACCAGCAUUAAUUCUUUUAAUUAAUAUAUAUCCAUAAGCUGAUGUUACAUAUACACAUAGACUUGUCAUUGUAUUGUAAUUUUAGGAUAUCAUGCAGCGAUAAUAAUUAUUGUUUUUAACUCAACAGCUCAGUUUUAUCGGUACUUCAAAACAACUAAAAAGAAAGAGAGCAGAGGAUAAGAAAAGGGAAAAAUGAAGAGCAUAAAGAAAAGUGCAAAAGGAGCAGGCGUUUGCUAAAUGUAAGGACUAGCUAAGUUGUCUUGCUUUUGCCAUGCUAAACCUAUAUUCAAGAAUAAAUUUUCAAGAUAGUGUGGCUGAAGCAUGGCUUCUGAAUCAAACGUUUCAAUUCAGUUUGACAACAAGUGUUGUUUAAUACUGUGGCAAAUUUGUGCAUGGCAUUGUACCAACAUAAUAAUAGUCUGAAAACACAAUACAAUGUGGGAUAAUAUACAGCAACAAAAAAUGAAACAAUGCCAUGUACAAAUUUGUCAUACACUGUAAGUUGGAUUGGUAUGUUUACAACUGGUGUACAAAUACACAUUAAUUAGGAAAGUCAACCUUGCUGGUAGUUAACCAAAUAAUAUGGGUUUGCUUUAAUUUAGUACUGUUUUGUAGCAUAAUUUUUUUUCUGGGAGUUCUAUUUAUUGCUGAUUGUUAUUUUCAUAUUUUAUAUCUUUUGUGGGAUAUCAUUUUGAGUUAGAAAAGUAUUUCUAUUUGACAAUAAAUUAUAUGUUUCAUAGAUAUAAUUUGGUCUGGUUAUUAACUAAAUAAUGACUGAAUUGUUGCUUUUUGUUCCAUUAGAAACUGGAAAGGCGUCAGUCAUCCUAUGAGAUGCUACAAGCUUCUAUGACACCAAAAAAAAAAACAGUAUUAUAGUGAAAUCCUUUACAUUGAUUAUAUGAGUAGCGAAGAAUCAGAUUAUGAGGAGCAAGAAGAUUUCAUUACUGGUGAAAAAGAAAAGAAACUGGCAAGAUAUGUAACCAAGAAGCUAUCAUGGGAAAGAACAAGCUUGACAAAUGCAAAAGCCAGGCUAGACAGAACCUACAAAAAUAAUUUGACCCCCAUGCCAGGGCAAUGGCUAAGACAAGGAGUGUUGGUGGCAUGUCGGAGAGGCCUGCACCUGCUGGCCCACUUUGGGCUGUCAGGCAGAUAAACAAAGAGUCGUGAUUGAAAAAAUACUUAACACUUUUUCUACUUUUUAUUCAUUUAUUUAUCAUGUAUUUAAUGGCAAACUGAAGUAAUUGUUUUGUUAGAACAAAUUAUUGUCAUCUAGAUCACAGGGAUAGUUUCUUCCAAGUAUUGUUAAAUUUAUUGACUUAUGAUGGGGAAAAUUUGUUCCUGUCAAGCAUAAAUUAGCUAGGUAUGUGUGACAUUUUAACCCUUUAACUCCCAAGAUCUGAUUGGUAACUAUCCUCUCUAGCUGCUACAUAUUUCCCUGUAACUUAGUUUUGAGAAUCUGGUGUGAUAUCAAGACAAAGACCUAUACCUGAUAAGUUUGAGAAUUCUCAUUAUCUCUUUGCUGGAUAAGUUCAAGAUAUUUUAGGGAGAAGUUACUUGUUAAUCACUCCUGGGAGUUAAAGGGUUAAUUACAAAUAGGCAGUAGCUUUAAGAAUGUGUACCAGUGAAUUUAAAAUAAAAGAAACUUGAAACAUAUAUUGUUUAGUGUGAUAUGUGACCUGGUGGGUGGCAGUUUAGUAAUGAAACAACAAAACAAUAAUAUUUCACUGAUUUCACAAAUUUGAUUCAAAACUAAAAUAAGCAAAAAAUUUUGAGCAGAUUAAGUUGCAUUAAAUGGUACUUUGACAACAUUAAAUGUUUGAGCUCUGUUUACUUCAAUUAAACAGUACUUAAACAUACAGGAAUGUUUUGGACACAUUUAAUGUGCACUUAAACCUGCAUUAAGUUUUAGCCUUAAGAUAGUAUAAGCCAGGUUUAAGUCCAACUUAAAUCUAGGUAUAAGUGACUUAAACAUCAACUUAAACUUAUUAAACCUGAGUUUAAGACAGGAUUAAUCCAUGUUUAAUGACACCUAAAUAUAUCUUUUCUCCAUGUGAUAAUAACAGAUAGUUUCCAGUCAAAGGCCCAGACAUUAGACAAAAACAUAAUUUAUUUAGUGGAGUCGGGUUUGCCAAGCUUGGAGCUAGUGUCGAUAAAAAAUCAGCCUUGUAUUAGCUACGAAGUGCUGUAACACGAGGAUAGAAAUAAUGAUUAAGCAUAGUUUUAAAUCACCUGAAAGAAACAAAGCAAGAGGACAGUUAGACUCUGACGAAGAGUUCCAGAAAGGUUAUCAAACGACAGUCCCUACUUCCUUCAACAGUCCUUCUCCUAGGAAAAACUACACAAUCCAAUAAUACCUUUGGGCUCAAACCAUUACUGAAGAAAAAUUAACUUGCUAUGCAAUUUUUCAUCGAAUGGGGGACCCAUACGGAAAGUAGGACUUUAAGUAAUAUGCUAUACCUGUAACGUGUAAAUUUUUUCUUAAAAAAAAAGGACAUUUUAUUUGGAAUGCGUUGACUUUAAAAUUGCCUUUCUUCCCCCAGGACAAAAACCCAGAAUCGACGUGUAGGCUUCGAGCGAAAAUUGCCAAAGUAAGUCAAGUACUAAAUUGUGUGACAGUUUUAUGAUGUAGUGCGUGCUUUAACAAUGAAGACAAAUUGUGGUUAAAUAAGAGGUUCGAUGUUAUGUCUGUUAUCCUUUAUGCAAAUAUCUCAGAAAAGUUAAUUUCGUCUUUUUGGAUUUGACAUAUCCCGGACCAGGAGCCAAGCUCUCUGUCCUGUAGUUUUCUCCUUGAUCUGGGAAGUGGUGAUGAUCAGCGGUUUUAUGCGUACAGCUUACAGUGAACAGAAUUCGAAGAGGUUUCAGUUUUUUCUGGUUUUCCACUUGUUUUUUUCUUUUAAAGUGGAGCGAAAGCAAGCACGAGGCGAUUGUCUAAGCCAAGUCAUUUUUGGGAGAAGGACAAAAUAAUGCUUUUGUAUUUAUUUUUCAUUUUAGUCUAUUACUGUUUUAUUUUCCCAUACCUUCGCGCCUUUUUUCGCUCCCUACUUCAACAUAAUGUUUGGGGAGAAAAUUUCCUCAAGACAAUAGUUUUUCAAUUCUCAUCAAAAUUGGUCUCAAAAUUCCACUCUGAUCAAAUCCUCUUUCUCUCUGAGGUAUGCUUAUGUGAGUACUACAUGUUAUUUGGGAGAGGGGAUGGCGCAGUGCUCACACGACUGUGGCCUGGGUUCGAUUCACGGACCUGGUGUCACAUGUAGGUUGAGUUUUUCGUUGGUUCUCUUCCUUGUUCCGAGGGUUUUUCUCCGGGUUCUCCGGUUUCCUCCCUCCACAAAAACCAACAUUUUUAAUUCCAAUUCAACCUGGAAACAGUGGACAAGAAGAGCCAACUCGUGGAAUGUCUAUUGCUAAAUGAUUUGAUCCCAUCAUUAUUAUCGUUAUUGUUGUUAUUUUUGUAUGUCCCACUCUUUCGAUUUGUUAUGUUCUCAGCAUGAGCUCCUCUUGGUAUCCUUCAAGUUCUCGAAUUUUUACUCAGAUUCUCCUCUUCUGUACUUUUGCUACGUUUCGGAUAGCCCUAUUAAUAAUCAAAAUGGUUUGAGUUUGUGUAACGUUAUUCUCUGGGACAUUAUAAUUAUUAUUAUCCACGCUGAAUCUAAUGGCAUUAUUAUGUCCUAAAUUAAACUAAUUUCCUAGUCAAUAUCUAUCCAUAUAUAUACUUAUAUAUAUAUAUCUAUUAUAAGUGUCUUACUAUACUAGCGAUAUGCUAAAAAGUCAGUCCAAUUUUUCACAGUUAUCAAGAAACAACUUCUACACAAAGCUGCUAUCAGCGGUCGAUGUGACGCUGUCAAAUUACUUCUUGAAAUUGGUGAAGAUGUGGACCAGACGGAUGAGGUUUCUAGCUUGAUUUUGCGUUUAGAUGUGUCUGUUCUUAUUAUAAAUUGAUCGGUAUUUGACCUUUGUCCAACGAUUUGUUUCAUUUUGCAGUUUAAUUUAACGCCUCUUCACCUUGCCGCAUGGUAUGGGCAACGAGCUGUUGUUGAACUCUUGUUACAGCACGGUGCAAAUGUCAAUGCUGUAGAUAGGGUAAGUUGGUGACCACUCGUGUUUCUGUUUUGGCAAUACGUCAGAUAUAAAGUAAUGAUAAAAAAUUCCAGGCAUGCAAAGACUUUCACAAGCUCUUGAAACCUUUCUUUAGUCAAUUGUAUCUCAUGUCCAGGCAUACUCAUCUAAUUGAGUGAGUGGCAGUUACUCUAAUAUUUUGACCUUUGCACAAUUUUUUUCCUUUCAGUUUCAAAAAACAGCGCUACAAAAAGCUGAACGCAACAAUCAUCGAUCCAUUAUUGAGCUGCUUCUGAGGAAUAACGCGAGUCCCACUUACAACCAACCGGUAUGGUGAAAACUGCAUUCUUCUUUCACGUUUUGAAACAGCUUCUAAAACAUCUUUCCACUCACAGAGGAGCAUCAGGAUAAUUCAAUAAGAUUUACCAAACGUUUCUUUUCAUUACGGUUGUUUAGGGUUUUGGUUUUUUUUUUUUUUGAUAACCUAUUCACUAUAAUCUAAUUUAUAUUACAGCCUAGACUACUGUCCCUUUCAAAAAAGCGUUUUUCAAUGUAGAUGCACGAUCCGGCUUCAAUCGACUGCAGGCGGCUGUAUUUCAAGGCGACUAUGACACGUUUUGGAACACUUUUAACGCCUGCCCUGGGAAUUUUGUCCAAGAAAUGAAUUUACAAAAAACAGGAAGUCAAGCAAAGGCAUUUCCUGGAAAAACUGCGUUAGAGAUUCUCUUGGCUCUCCAAGAUAAAGGAGAAGGAAAAGUUAAAAUAGAAGAACUGUAUAAAAUGGAAGUUGAGAAGAUCGAUACAUUAACUGAGCUGCACUUGUGUAAAGACAACAAUGAUGUAGAGAAGGCUGUCGAGAUUGUUCUAAACGAGGGUGUAGAUAUAAACAUACCAGGAAAAAGCAACCGUACACCUUUGUUGUGGGCAAGUCUGACAGCCUCUGGUGAGUUUAUCAAGACCCUCAUUGAUCUUGGAGCUGACGUAAAUGCUCAGAAGACAGACGACAAGGUUUCACCUUUGCAUUUGGCAGCUCAUUUCAACAACUAUAUGGCAGUUGACAUCCUUCUAAAGCAUGGAGCCUAUGUGGGUCUUCUACAUUUCUCAAAAGGGACAGCAUUGCAUCGGUGUGUAAAGGAAGGAUUGUUAAGUGUCUCCCGGUUACUAAUUGAUUCAGGAUGCGACAUCAAUUUGCGCAAAAACACAGGCCAAACCGCGCUUUACUUCGCCGUCAAAAAUAAACACAAAUUCAUUGUCAAAUAUUUACUUGAAAGCGAAGCGGAUGUAAAUAUGAAAUGCAAUGAGAAUGCAAGUGAUAGAAUUUACCUUGUUCGUGGGAUGGACAGAGGAAAACCAGUCUGGCAUUAUGUCCUAGUAGAGAAAGCUCUGUUGCCCUUGUUCUUGAGGCGCACUAAAGGUGGUAGUCUUGACGUUGCAGACUUUGGACUCAUCCUCACGAGUGGAUGGGGAAAGGAUCCUCCAGAAAACGUGCGGAAGAAUAUCAAUGAAAUGGGUGCUACCUUUCCUGACACGCAAAGUCAGACAGUUCUUCAUGUUGCCAGCAAAAGUGCCAGUCUCGAGAUCGUAGAUCUGUUAGUAAACUAUAAAGCAGAUGUAAACGCGAACGACAUGGACGGCUUUACCCCACUGCAUUUGGCAGCGAUGCAUGGCAACAUUCAAGUUGUUAAAAAACUAGUUGAAACCAACGCCGACGUUAACUUGAAAGUGGAUGGAAAGGAUGCGGCUGACUUGGCUCGCAUGAACGAAGAAACAGAAAUUGAGGAGUAUCUUAAACCAAAAGGAAGCCUUCCCCAAAGAGACUCGGAAAGUCAAUCAGCGGAAAGUCAAUUGGCGGAA